GACGACCUAAAAAUAUUAGUAUUAUUAAAUUAAAAAAAGAUUAGUUAGCAAUUAAUACAUGGAAUCUUGACAAUUUUUCUAUAAAAAUGGCGAAUUCUAAAUAUGAAUAUGUUAGAAAUUUUGAAAAACAUGAUAAGCUUCUCCCCAAUACAUGGAUAGUGAUACGAUUAGAUGGGAAUGGAUUUCAUAAAUUCUCUAAUAAACAUAACUUUGAGAAACCAAAUGAUAUUCGUGCACUUAAUCUUAUGAAUGAUGCGGCAACAAGCGUUUUUCUGAAAUUUCCAGAUAUUAUUUUAGCAUAUGGAAAUAGUGAUGAAUAUAGUUUUGUCUUUCGAAAAACUACUCAAUUGUAUGACCGCCGAGAAAGUAAACUUAUCACUUCUAUUGUAUCUUUUUUUACUUCAAAUUAUGUAUUUUUAUGGCCUAAUUAUUUUUUCGAUACUGUUUUAAGAUAUCCUCCAUCUUUUGAUGCUCGUAUUAUCCUUUAUCCAUCUACACAAAAUCUUAGAGAUUAUCUAAGUUGGAGACAAGUAGAUUGUCAUAUUAAUAAUCUUUAUAAUACUACUUUUUGGGCAUUAGUUCAAAAAGGUAAAUUAUCAACAACUGAUGCUGAAAAAAUGUUAAUAGUAUCUUUUUGAUACUCUUUUAAAGCACUUUUCUUAUAUAUUAUAGGGAACUUUAUCUAAAGAUAAGCAUGAACUACUUUUUAGUCGUUUUGGUAUAAACUAUAAUAAUGAAUACGAAAUCUUUAAAAAAGGCACUCUUCUUCUAAGAAAAGAUACUGAAAACCCAUCUGAUAAAGUAAAUGUAUAUCAUGUAGACAUCAUUAGCGAUA